AGAGCCCCCCGCGCGAGACGGAUGAUCUGACCUCCCGCCUCCACGCCUUUUUUCUUCCAUAUACCGACGAGACGAGCUCUAUCGGCUGCGUGGAGCGGACGCCAGACUCGUCAUGGGGAUCAAAGCUGCCCUCCCCAGAUAUGAGCUCUAUCUCUACACGGCCAUGCUGGCCGUGGCCAUGAUAUGGGCCACCACGUGGAUAUUUGAGGCCUCCAGCGAGAAUGUAAACAGGAAGGCGUUCAAACAAAGUGUGAAACCAGGAUGGUAUUACUUUGGCAGGAAAAUGGACGUUGCAGACUUCGAAUGGAUGAUGUGGUUCUCCACCUUCCGCAAUCACAUACUUUUCGCACUCACUGGUCAUGUGAUCUUUGCCAAGCUUUUCACCUUGCUGGCCCCAAAGCACAGGUCGUUGGUCUUUGGCGUGUACGGCGGUUUGGCGGUCCUGGUCACCAUGGGCUGGACCUUCGUCGCCUUGGUUCUGUCCCACUGCAUCGUACUCUACAGCGUGGCCAUGAUCAAAAGCAAAUGGAUGUGCUUCGCCGCAGGCUUGGCCACGCUGGCCUCCAUCAAGCUGGAGCCGUAUAACUCCUGGCAGGAAGCCUUGGUGACCGGCUCUUUCCAACUGCAAGACAUCCUCUUCUAUGGCGGCUGCGGCUUCAGCAUCAUGCGCUGUAUGAGCUUCGCGUUGGAGAACUGCGAGAGGAAAGACGGCAGCUACACCUUCUGUGACCUGCUGAAAUACAACUUCUACCUCCCUUUCUUCUUCUUUGGGCCGAUCAUGACUUUUGACAAGUAUCAUGCUCAGGCCAACAACACCAGGCUGACUCGCAAGGAGAGGGAAAUGUGGAACAUCACCACCAAGGCCUUGUUGCACCUGGGACUGAUCCUGAUUGUGGACGUCUUCUUCCACUACCUCUACAUCCUGACCAUCCCCACCGACAUGAAGCUGGUGGGCAAGCUGUCUGACUGGUGUCUCGCCGGCCUGGCGUAUUCCAACCUGGUGUACGAUUGGUUGAAGGCCGCCGUGAUGUUUGGCGUGAUCAACACGGUGGCGACACUGGACCACCUGGACCCUCCCCAGCCCCCCAAGUGUAUCACCAUGCUCUACGUCUUCGCUGAGACGCACUUCGACAGAGGCAUCAAUGACUGGCUGUGCAAGUACGUCUACGACUACAUCGGAGGAGACCAUGAUAAAAUCUUCAAGGAGCUCCUGGCCACCUUGUGCACCUUCGCCAUCACCACCCUGUGGCUGGGCCCGUGUGAACUGGUCUACAUCUGGUCCUUCUUCAACUGCUUUGGACUGAACUUUGAGCUCUGGGUGGCCAAGUUCUUCUCUAUUCCUCCAUUUUCCACCGGGGAGGGUGCUAUGGGUGAAGCCAUGUCACGGAGGGUCCGAGGUCUGUUCAACGCCGCCAACUUCUGGGCCAUCAUCCUCUACAACGUCCUCUCCCUCAACAGCUUGGAGUUUGCCAAACUGGUCGGUAGAAGACUGAUUUUCAAAGGGUUCCCUCUGUCGACCGUUUCUGUGCUCCUGGUGACCUACUGUGGUGUGCAGCUGGUCAAAGAGAGGGAGCGUCUGCAGGCCCUCAGGGAGGAGGCGGAGGCAGUCCAGCCACUCGAUGGCGGCAAAGAAAAGGCAGAAUAGACGGAUGAAAACGAGCCUUAAAAACGAGACGGUUGUGGGUUUUCAUCAUCCUGCACUCUCCGGAGAUAAUCACCACUCUUUGGCACAAAGACUCACCUUUAGUGCAUUUUUUUUGUAUUCUAUUCGAGUCAACCAAAAAUACUUUCUUUGUUGGGAUAACAAUGAACGGACUUAUUUAGACUUUCCUCCCCAGCAGGCACAAGACACGAAAACAACGUUGAGAUCUUGUUGAAUUAGGUUCUGACGUAGAGAAAUUCAAUCAUAACGUUGAAACAACAUGCUUUUUGACAACGUUAAAUCAAUGUUGGGUUCUGACAUUGAUUUGACCGUUGAAAUGUGGUCAUUUCCCAACCAAUAUUCUACAACACAAAUAGAACGUUGAAACAACAGGGUUUUUGACGACGUUUAAUCAAUGUCGGGUUCUGACGUUGGUUAGACCGUUGAAUUUUGGUCUUUUUCCAACCAAUAUUCUACAACACAAAUACAACGUUGAAACAACAUGCUUUUUGACGACGUUAAAUCAAUGUUGGGUUCUGACGUUGAUUUGACCGUUGAAAUGUGGUCAUUUCCCAACCAAUUUUCUACAACACAAAUACAACGUUGAAACAACAUGCUUUUUGACAACGUCUGCUCAAUGUUGGGUUCUGACGUUGAUUUGACCGUUGAAAUUUGGUCAUUUUCCAACCAAUUUUCCAACACAAAUACAACGUUGAAACAACAGGGUUUUUGACGACGUUUAAUCAAUGUCGGGUUCUGACGUUGGUUAGACCGUUGAAUUUUGGUCUUUUUCCAACCAAUAUUCUACAACACAAAUACAACGUUGAAACAACAUGCUUUUUGACGACGUUAACUCAAUGUUGGGUUCUGACGUUGAUUUGACCGUUGAAAUGUGGUCAUUUCCCAACCAAUUUUCUACAACACAAAUACAACGUUGAAACAACAUGCUUUUUGACAACGUCUGCUCAAUGUUGGGUUCUGACGUUGAUUUGACCGUUGAAAUUUGGUCAUUUUCCGACCAAUUUUCCAACACAAAUACAACGUUGAAACAACAGGGUUUUUGACGACGUUUAAUCAAUGUCGGGUUCUGACGUUGGUUAGACCGUUGAAUUUUGGUCUUUUUCCAACCAAUAUUCUACAAGACAAAUACAACGUUGAAACAACAUGCUUUUUGACGACGUUAAAUCAAUGUUGGGUUCUGACGUUGAUUUGACCGUUGAAAUGUGGUCAUUUCCCAACCAAUUUUCUACAACACAAAUACAACGUUGAAACAACAUGUUUUUUGACAACGUCUGCUCAAUGUUGGGUUCUGACGUUGAUUUGACCGUUGAAAUUUGGUCAUUUCCCAACCAAUAUUCUACAACACAAAUACAACAUUGAAACAACAUGCUUUCUGACAACGUUUAAUCAAUGUCAGGUUGUGACGUUGAUUUGACCAUUGAAGUUUGGUAAUUUCCUGACCAAUAUUUUACAACCCCAAAAAAAUGUUGAAACAACAUACUUUUUGACAACGUUUAAUCAAUGUUGUGUUCUGAUGUUGAUUUGACCAUUGAAUUUUGUUCAUUUUCCGACCAAUAUUUUACAACCCAAAUACAACGUUGAAACAACAUACUUUUUGACAAGGUUUGAUCCAUGUUGGGUUCUGACUUUGGUUUGACCACUGAAUUUUGGUCAUUUACCAACCAAUAUUCUACAACACAAAUACAACAUUGAAACAACAUGCUUUUUGACAACGUUCAUUCAAUGUCAGGUUGUGACGUUGAUUUGACCAUUGAAUUUUGGUCAUUUUCCAACCAGUAUUCUACAACACAAAUACAACGUUGAAACAACUUGCUUUUUGACAACGUUCAUUCAAUGUCAGGUUGUGACGUUGAUUUGAACAUUGAAAUUUGGUCAUUUCCCAACUAUAAUUCUACAACACAAAUACGUUGAAACAACAUGCUUUGUGACGACAUUUAAUCAAUGUCAGGUUAUGACGUUGAUUUGACCAUUGAAGUUUGGUCAUUUCCCGACCAAUAUUUUACAACACAAAUACAACGUUGAAACAACAUACUUUUUGACAACGUUUGAUCCAUGUUGGGUUCUGACUUUGGUUUGACCAUUGAAAUUUGGUCAUUUACCAACCAAUAUUCUACAACACAAAUACAACAUUGAAACAAAAUGCUUUCUGACAACGUUCAUUCAAUGUCAGGUUGUGACGUUGAUUUGACCGUUGAAUUUUGGUCAUUUCCCAACCAAUAUUUUACAACACACUUACAACGUUGAAACAACAUGCUUUCUGACAACGUUUAAUCAAUGCCAGGUUGUGACGUUGAUUAGAACAUUGAAAUUUGGUCAUUUCCCAACUAAAAGUCUACAACACAAAUACGUUGAAACAACAUGCUUUGUGACGACAUUUAAUCAAUGUCAGGUUCUGACGUUGAUUUGACCAUUGAAGUUUGGUCAUUUCCCGACCAAUAUUUUACAACACAAAUACAACGUUGAAACAACAUACUUUUUGACAACGUUUGAUCCACGUUGGGUUCUGACUUUGGUUUGACCAUUGAAGUUUGGUCAUUUCCCAACCAAUAUUCUACGACACAAAUACAACGUUGAAACAACAUGCUUUCUGACAACGUUUAAUCAAUGUUGGGUUCUGACGUUGGUUAGACUGUUGAAUUUUGGUCUUUUUCCAACCAAUAUUCUACAACACAAAUACAACGUUGAAACAACAUGCUUUCUGACGACGUUUAAUCAAUGUCAGGUUGUGUUGUUGAUUUGAACAUUGAAAUUUGGUCAUUUCCCAACCAAUUUUCUACAACACAAAUACAACGUUGAAACAACAUGCUUUUUGACGACGUUAAUUCAAUGUCAGGUUGUGACAAUGAUUUGACCAUUGAAAUUUGGUCAUUUCCCAAACAAUAUUCUACAACACAAAUACAACAUUGAAAUGUGCUUUUUGACGAUGUUCAUUCAAUGUCAGGUUGUGACGUUGAUUUGACCAUAAAAUUUUGGUCAUAUGCCAACCAAUUUUCUACAACACAAAUACAACGUUGAACCAACAUACUUUUUGACAACGUUUACUCAAUGUUGUGUUCUGAUGUUGAUUUGACCAUUGAAUUUUGGUCAUUUUCCGACCAAUAUUCUACAACACAAAUACAACGUUGAAACAACAUGCUUUCGGACAACGUUUAAUCAAUGUCAGGUUGUGACGUUGAUUUGACCGUUGAAUUUUGGUCAUUUUCCAACCAGUAUUCUACAACCCAAAUACAACGUUGAAACAACAUGCUUUUUGACAACGUUUAUUCAAUUUCAGGUUGUGACGUUGAUUUGAACAUUGAAAUUUGGUCAUUUCCCAACUAAAAUUCUACAACACAAAUACGUUGAAACAACAUGCUUUCUGACAACGUUUAAUCAAUGUCAGGUUAUGACGUUGAUUUGACCAUUGAAUUUUGGUCAUUUCCCGACCAAUAUUCCACAACACAAAUACAACGUUGAAACAACAUGCUUUUUGACAACGUUUGAUCCACGUUGGGUUCUGACUUUGGUUUGACCAUUACAUUUUGGUCAUUUCCCAACCAAUAUUCUACAACACAAAUACAAUGUUGAAACAACAUACUUUUUGACAACGUUUAAUCAAUGUUGUGUUCUGAUGUUGAUUUGACCAUUGAAUUUUGGUCAUUUUCCGACCAAUAUUCUACAACACAAAUACAAUGUUGAAACAACAUGCUUUUUGACAACGUUUGAUCCAUGUUGGGUUCUGACUUUGGUUUGACCAUUGAAAUUUGGUCAUUUCCCAACCAAUAUUCUACAACACAUACAACAUUGAAACAAAAUGCUUUCUGACAACGUUCAUUCAAUGUCAGGUUGUGACGUUGAUUUGACCGUUGAAUUUUGGUCAUUUCCCAACCAAUAUUUUACAACACACUUACAACGUUGAAACAACAUGCUUUCUGACAACGUUUAAUCAAUGUCAGGUUGUGACGUUGAUUUGAACAUUGAAAUUUGGCCAUUUCCCAACUAAAAUUCUACAACACAAAUACGUUGAAACAUGCUUUGUGACGACAUUUAAUCAAUGUCAGGUUAUGACGUUGAUUUGACCAUUGAAGUUUGGUGAUUUCCCGACCAAUAUUUUACAACACAAAUACAACGUUGAAACAACAUGCUUUUUGACAACAUUUGAUAAAUGUCGGGUUCUGACGUUGAUUUGACCAUUGAAUUUGGGUCAUUUUCCCACCAAUAUUCUACGACACAAAUACAACGUUGAAACAACAUGCUUUUUGACGACGUUUAAUCAAUGUCAGGUUGUGACGUUGAUUUGAACAUUGAAAUUUGGUCAUUUCCCAACUAAAAUUCUACAACACAAAUACGUUGAAACAACAUGCUUUCUGACAACGUUUAAUCAAUGAUGGGUUCUGACGUUGAUUUGACCAUUGAAUUUGGGUCAUUUUCCCACCAAUAUUCUACGACACAAAUACGUUGAAACAACAUGCUUUUUGACGACGUUUAUUCAAUGUCAGGUUGUAACAUUGAAAUUUGGUAAUUUCCCAACCAACAACGUGGAUCCAACGUUGUCUCAAUUUACAAAUGCAACAUUGUUUUAAAGUCAGUUUUCAAGGACAUGUACCUAAAAUCAACGGUGUAUCAAUGUCUUGCGCCUGCUGGGUCAAAAGCAUCAGGUGGAUGAUAACAACGCUACCACUGAUCAAGAGCAUGUUUCAAAGGGCUAACACGUAAAGGAGACAUGAAAAGGUGCCGUGGGGUCGUCCACAUUGCAUGCAGCUAAUGGUUUUUAUGAACGUCUGUAAAAAAAACAAAAAAAAAACAGGCCAUCCUGCUUCGGGCUUAAUAUCGACUUUGAAUGUGUUGUAGACUGCAGAGAAUGCCAAGAGCAGAGCAAUGCUAAGCUAACAGUAUUCUUACCUGUGGCCUGCUUGUCACCAUCACAUGUUUACACGGACUGCAUUGCCUUUUCUCAAUGUGGGAUUUUUAACCUAUCAAAACAGAAAUAAAAUGUUCUUC